AUGCUUUACGAAACCCGCCCAUGGGUGGUGAUCCUCUUGGCCGCCGCUCUCGUUCUAAUCUGGAGUUUUGGCUUCGACGUUCACGAUCAGAUCGAAGCACUGAUAUAUGGGCAGGAACCCGGCCAACAAAAUGCAGAAACAGCCUUCCUUCAGCAGGCCAUCAGACCUGGCCUUCUCUUCACCUGCGAGGGCCAACAUGGCGGCAUCGGCAUGCUGCGCAACCAGAUCUUGAAAUGUGUUCGGUACGCUAUCCACGGCGGAGGCGCACUCGUGGUUCCCUCCAUGGCCCUGCGCAAUGCGAAUGACCUCUCCGACAUUUCAGGCCCCAAUGAAGUACCUCUCGAGUACUUGAUGGACCGCGAAGCCUUCAUCACACACCUCACAGAAGGAUGCCCUGGCAUGCGCAUUUACAACCACGUGGAAGACUUCCCUUUCUACGAGCAGAGGGCAACAGAGCCUCUGCCCCUCCUCGGGGACCAGUUCGAGCCAGACCACCCGCGCGAGGGCCUGCAGCACCCCCGCGAGUGGCGCCGCAACUUUGACGAGUGGCUGCGCCAGCAGAACGUGCAGGUCCGACGCGAAGCCCCCGUGCACAUCAAGAUGGAGCAGUCCUACCUCGAAUACCCCGUGCGCGACGACGGCGACGCCGCUUCCCACGAGUUCGGCAAGAUCCUCUCCUUCCGGAACGACACGCGCGCCCUGGCUGCCAAGGUCCUCUACGAGCUCCAGCAGCGCCACGCGCCCACCAUCAACCCGGCAAGUGCGAUUAAUCCAGAUGCUUACUUUGGCGCGCACCUAAGGCUGGAGAAGGACGCCGUCUGGGCCUGGGACCCGGACGAGUGGCGCUUCUCGCGCAUGAGGGACCAGUUCGCCGAGCAUUUCCGGUACCUGGACCGCACGGGGCUCGGCGUCGUCUAUGUGGCCUGUGGGAACCAGACUGUGGUCGAAAUGUUUGCCGACAGCUUGCGCCGCUGGCGAGCUGGCGCAACGGGGUCGUCCGUGACAGGGAAUACUGCUAAUACUAAUAACGACGUCACGGUGGUGACCAAAUACGACCUGCUCCAGGGGGCUGACCUGCGCCGGCUGGAAGGGAUGACGUUUGACCAGCAGGCCCUGGUGGAUUUCCUGAUCAUGUUCAAGGCGAGUGCGUUCAUGGGUGUUGCGCACUCGAGCUUCUCGUGGAACGUGGCGCUUCGGAGGCACGAGCUCAGCAAGUAUGCGAGCUUCGAGAAUGAGGGUUCUGACUUAUUAAGAGAUGAGUACAGCAUCAUCAUGGGCAUGGAGGCAGAUUACCCUCGUGUUGACGGGUUCAAAUAUGCCAUAUGGCCUUAG